AACAUCCAGCAGCUCCUCCGGGGGUAGUGCUACAUAAGUAUAACAUGUUUAUUGUUUUAAUUAAACAAAAAUUCAUUUUCCACAGCUUUAGAAGUCUGUGAUCGCAGAUCUGAAUGGGAAGUGGAUAGCUAUAUAAUGUUCAGCAUUUGUCACUUAUUGCAGGUCCUGUUCUGAUCCAAUCUCUGUAUGAUCAGACACCAAUUGUUCCUGUUACAAAAGUGAAAAGGGACAGAUCUUACAUUAUUGAUUAGCAGACCAAUUCAGGAAUAUGAUCCCUUUGGAAUAAAAUGAGGGGCAUAUCUUGAAGUGGACAUUAAACAUAAUCUUCAUCUUAUUGUUUUUCUGAUCAAUCAGGGCAAGUUCUUUGUUACAUGGGUACUUUUACAGAUCUAUACAUAGAUAUGAAUGCUUGUUUAGCCAAAUUGUUUUGCCCGCAGAGAUCCAAUUUUCUAGCAUUCUUGCAAAAGUGAUCUGUGAAGUGGACUGACAUAAUAUAAAAGCAUUCACCAACUUAAUGGGUGUCACCUGAUCCUAAAUAAAUUGGAUUAGUUAACAAUCUUCAAAAUUCUAUGGCUUUCUUUGGUGAAAGAAAAUUACCAUACAGGUUCAAAAUACAAAACGCAUCCUUACUGUCCAUACUGUAUGUGUUCCAUAUAUACAGUCAUUACAUUUAGUUUCCACGUAGCACAUUUUACACAUGUAGAACCGUUGUCUAUAUAUCAUCGAUAUUUCUUUUCCAUUCUUUGUGUGUGUAGCUCAUUAUCACAGCAGUUCUCAUUGAUAGGUGCUGUUCAUCAAGGAGAAAAUGCUUUGUAAGACCAGUGCAGAAGACUAAUGUUUUGUAUUAUGUUACACAGAACCCGCAGUUUAAUACAUUCUACAUCAAUAAUGUCCUUCACUUCUUCCUAUGUACAUUUCUUAUCCCAUCUAGUUCAUAAUUUGAGCCGUGUUUUGGUGAGAUAGCAGCUUUGGCCGUACUUUGAUGGAUGCCGAGCUGCACGCUUCUCAUUCAUUUUUUUCCAGGCGGGGAUGUAAUCCUGGCAUAUACCCAUCUUAGUCCAGACCCCAUUAAUAGAAAAGCCUUGUUAAUUUAUUUUUUUCCCUCACAGGAUUGUUCAGCAUUCUGCCUGACAUGAAUUUACUCUUUAUAGAAAAGAUAUUUUCAGCAUUAAUCAUCAAAACACUGACGUACAACAUGGCAUUGUAAGAUUUUCUGGGGACAAUUUGUUGUAGGAAAGAGGGACCGUAUCUGACAAAGCAUGAUAUUUAUCCAAACAAAUGCUGCUUUGUUUCCACACAUUGAUAUUGUGUGGCAUGUCUCAAUGUACCUUUUUUUUGGAAGUAGUUGAGUUUUAAAGAAGCGCAAUGAAAUAGACAUUUCCCAGGAAACUAUUUGUUAAAAUUUUCAGCACUUACAGACUGCAGAAUAUUUGAGAAACUUUCAAUGCUGCUGGCUCCUGCUUUCUCAGUACUGCUUCCCUGACAUUCUGGUCUUCAUAGAACAGAGAUAACGGUGGACAGUGCAGCCUGGAGUCAGUCUUUAAGCUUGGAGAAGAGAGUGUGAAGGAGGGAGGAGGGGAGUGCCAUGCCAUUCUAGGCUUUGGGGCUGCGUGUUUCUAUUGAUGCACACUGUGUACGGAGACACACCUUUAGUCCCCGCAUGCAAAAGUGACUCCCUAGGAUGCUGCAAGAGAAAUGAGCCACCAUGAAACAGGAAACCUAGAGCAGCAGUCAUGGCAGCAGCUUAAACUGGAACAUAGGCAUUACAGUACUACAGUAAUACCAAUUUACAUAAUACUAUUGGAUUAUAAAUAAAAAUUACAUAUUGCUGAGCAGUACCUUUUGUUUCUCUGGAUGUUUCCAUAUUACUUCAUGACCUAUGGUACAUGCCCCACCUCAUUGCAGCGUGCAGCAAUUUAUGAGAUAUGUCAAUAAUGCAUACAAAUAAUAACACUGGUUCUAAAAUCUUUUCUGUAACCUUGUUGCAGCCUUCCAGGUCAGUGUUAAGAGCCUGUUAGAUAAGUGAAAUAAAUCACAUUUUCAGCCAGGAGUGCUUAUCUGCACCCAUCCAGAAAUUGUUUUCUUUCCCAGGAUACGGGGCUCAAGUUAUUAGGGAAGUCGAGUAGAUGUUUCUGUCACAUUCUGCAUGCAUAAAAAAAACGAGUGAAUGCUUGAGAAUCCUCUCGCCGCUUCCUUUCAGUAGAGACUGUAUUAAUUAAACACGCAGCAUGAGUUUUGCAGCAUCCUCAUGUACCCGAUCUUUGUCUUCUGAAAGUAUAAUCUGUAAAGCUAGACCGGCUGUGGGAACUGAAACAAAGCAGAUCCAUUAUGCAUUUCAGAGCACUGCAGUGUUUUCAAGAAAGUCCAAUAAAAUAUUAAAUGCAUAUAUUACAUUAAUGUUAUAUCCAAGUUGUAGUUCAGUUUUUCUACACUUAAAGAUUUAGUCCAUAAUUCACUGUUAUGACUACUCUAAACUGAUUAAUGGUAACAUCUAAUUGGCUGCUAUGUGUUACUGCACCUGAUUUGCAUUAACAUUAUAUCAUGUCUUGAACUGGGUGGGCUGGGGGGCGCCCCGGCCAAGGGAACACAAUGAUUUUUGCUAAUAUAGCCGCUGUUAAUAGUCCCAUCAGCAAAAUCUGACAUGCUGGUUGUACCCAAUUUGAUCAAUUAAUCGCCUUGGGCACAAUCAACUUGACCAUACAUGGUUCGAAUCUCGGCCGGCUCAGCAGGGUGAUUUGAACCAUCUAUGGCCAGCUUAAGUAGUGCAGUCAGUAUGAUAAUCUUUGAAAUCAGGGAAGAUACACAGCCAUACUUUUACCUGGCUUCUGUACUUGUGUGUUUGUGUAAAUCUAUUCACUGUUUAGCUGGCCAGGUUUAUGGUUUGUGGGGGUCUUGUUUUGCCAGCAUAGGUUUUGGGAGACUGUCCUCAAUCACGGCUCAUUAGUCUUGCAAUCACUGCACCACUCAGAAGCAGUCAGGUGAAAUAACGUGUCCUUGAUGUGUCAGGAGCUUCUGUUGGCUCUGGCAUAAAAGGGCACAAUUCAUUUGGGCCCAUGCACAUGGGUCCUGCGGCCGCCCCUCCCCCUCCCCUUUUCAGGCCUGGCUUCUACUGGCAAAAUUAUAUGGUCAGUAUAGUAAAACACCUGAUUGUUACUAUAAAACACCUGUGCAAUUUCUCCUGCUUCUAGUAAAUUACAGGUACCUGGAUAAGUGGGCUCUGACUGGUCCAGGUAGAGCAGGUGACCGCUGGAAGGUUCUGGAUUCCGGAUGGACCCUAUAUAAGGCUGCAGCUGCGUCCACUCAGGGCUGUUGGCUGGGUACUGGACUUUGAUCCUGCGGGCCCGCCAUGAACUCACUCCUGAGGGAACUCCUUGUGAGAGCAGAAAGCGCCGGAGGGGAAGACUGGAUCCGCCGCUGCCUGGCCAUGGAAGAUUCGGCUGAAGAACGGACCGCGGAUGUGGGAGAAGGAUCGUCGGCGACACACGCGGCAACCGAGGAGGAACAGCGCCAUGAUGCCAGCCCUCCCACCUCGAGACCCAGACACAGCUGUGCGGCGGAGCGAUCUGUAGUCGCAACGCCUGAAGAAGAGGAGUCCCGGCGCCAGCAGGAGGAUGCAGUCGCCACCCCUACAGUGAGGAGGUCUGGCCGAGGCAAGCGGGCCCCCUCCUCCUCCCCAUGCAGACCUGGUGGAAAAGGGAGCCGUGGGCGGCGCACAGCCGUGCCUCCAGCUCCUAGCCCAGCUCCUAUACCAGCUAGCAGCACACUCCAGCCGCCAGGGCGCCACCUACAGGACGGAGGCCAGAACGCACCGGAGGCUCUGCAAGGUAAAUUAACCCCUGCUCUCCCAGUAAUGUUGCCUCAGGCUGCUUACAAUGGUUCUGUCCCUCUGCUGGAUUCUCUCCUUUCUUCUUUGUCUAAAAUUGCAGAGGCAGUGGUGUCCCAGCAAAACUCACCUGCUGUACCCUCUGAACCUGCUUUACCUGUGAAUAAUUCUCCUGUUAAAGUGUGGUCUAAUGUCAAUAUGCCUGCUUCUACAGUUAUGCAUACACCUGUUUUUACUAACACUUAUCCUACAACAGAAUUAUUUAAUCAUCCUGUCCCUGAAACAUCUGUCCGUGAGGUAAUGCCCUGUGCACUAUCACCCCUGGGUUUUCAUUUAACUACAUCUCUAAAAGAAAAAAUUUGGAAAGGGGAAUUCAUUGACAUGCUGUCUCUACUUCCCUCUGCCAAAGAAUUUUUGCGCACAGACAGAAGGGUGGAUGAUAGGUCAGAGGAUGAUAGGAGGAGGCCGGUAGCCAGGUCCUUUUUUAAUUGGCUGCAGGCCUUCUGCAUCUUCGCUAGCGUAAUGGGAGAAAAAUUCCCGGAUCGCUGCAGCGGCCUUUUCCAGCAUGUGGAAAUCAUACUGGAAGCGUACAAAAGCUUUGGUGGUUUCGGAUGGUUUGCAUACGAUGAAUCCUUCCGCCAGAAGUUGGCUGUUUAUCCCAGCCUGCAAUGGGGCAUGAAGGACGUAGGCCUCUGGCUAAAUCUUAUUGUCCCCCAGAGAUCCGUCCCUCCGAAACCAACGCCUCAAGUCAAUAGCACUGGCCAGUCUCCAUACAAGAAAGGUUACUGCUAUUCUUUCAAUGAAAGUCAGUGCAAGUGGGGUAAUUCUUGCCGCUUUAAACAUGAAUGCUCCUUCUGUUCAGGUCCACACCCCGUCGCAAAAUGCUUUAAAAAGAACACCCCUACCAGCUCCCAAAGGGAUAUUUUUUCCAAAAGCCUGCACGCCAGUGAGGCUGGAAAACAUGCUUCAUUGGUUGGCAAUCUAUCCAGACAGGGUGAAGGCCAGCCUCUUAACCGAAGGUUUUAGGGAUGGUUUUCCUUUACCAACUUUUACAGGUAUAGGUUGCCAACCAGUUAAAAAUUUGAAAUCAGUGGACAGGUUUCCUGAGGUUGUCCGGGGAAAAAUAUUAAAAGAAGUCAGAGAGGGUAGAGUAGCAGGUCCUUUUGCCUCGCCACCUUUUGUUAAUUUCCGCAUUUCUCCCCUGGGUAUCGUACCAAAAAAGGAACCCAAUGCUUAUCGUUUAAUUCACCAUCUAUCAUUCCCGGCGGGGAGCUCAUUGAAUGACGAUAUAGACACUUCCCUUUCUUCAGUUUCCUAUUCAACUUUUGAGGAUGCCAUAAAGGUGAUCCGGCGCCUUGGUCAAGGCGCGCUAUUGGCUAAGGCGGACAUUAAAGCUGCCUUUAGGCUGCUGCCUAUUGCCCCAUUUUCUUUCAACUCGUUAGGUUUUUGUUUCGAAGACAAGUAUUUUUUCGAUAUGUGUCUACCAAUGGGGUGUUCACUAUCCUGCGCUUAUUUUGAGUCGUUCGCGUCCUUUUUACAAUGGGUUGUAUCUUUUGAGUCAGGUCUGGACUACAUAGUCCAUUACCUGGACGACUAUCUCUUCAUCGGGCCGGCAGGUUCCCCGGCAUGUUUGCAGCUGUUGCAGCUUUUUUCAAAAAUAUCGGCUUAUUUUGGUAUUCCCCUAGCAGAAGAGAAGACCAUCCUCCCGUCGGUGUCCCUCGAAUUCUUGGGUAUCACAAUUGACACCCUUGCCUUGGAAUUUUGGUUGCCAGAAAGCAAAAUCGAUCGUCUGAAAUUGGUCAUAAUUGGUAUGCUUCGAAAAAAGAAGGUUUUAUUGAAGGAGCUCCAAUCCUUGCUCGGCCUGUUGGCAUUCGCGUCCAGAAUCAUGCCGGUCGGCAGAAUAUUUUCACGUCGUCUGUCAUUGGCAACAUCGGGGCUCAAAUCUCCGUUUUCGCACGUUCGAUUAUCUGCAGAACUGAAAGAUGACCUGUCGGUAUGGUUUAAAUUUUUUGAUCAGUAUAACGGGAGGUCAUUUUUCCAAGCGGAUUUUGUUUUGGCUACUGAGCUAGCGCUUCACACUGACGCAGCGGGCUCCUUGGGCUUCGCGGCCAUAUGGCAAACACACUGGCUUUGCGGCGCCUGGCCUGCCUCUUGGGUGACCCGAAAACUCACCAAGAAUAUUGUUUUGCUGGAAUUUUUUCCUAUUGUGGCAGCUUUCGAACUUUGGAGUGUUCACUUCGCGAAUAAGCGUAUAACGGUGCAGACGGACAACAAAGGGGUGAUGUUUGCCAUAAACUGUCUCUCUUCCAAAUCCUUGUCAGUAGUCAGGUUGAUUCGGCAUUUUGUUUUGCUUUGUCUAAAACAUAAUAUUUGGGUGAAGGCUCAGCAUAUUCCCGGUAAGGCUAACACUAUUGCGGAUGCUCUAUCCCGUUUUCAGAUGUCACGGUUCCGGCAGUUAUUCCCACAGGCAGAUCCCGAGGGUUGUGUAUGUCCAGCUCAUCUGUGGGACCUGAUAUAGCAAGCCUUUCUACAGUAAUCCAGAACUCUGUAUCCCCUCAUACUUGGUCGGGCUAUUCGGCCGCUUGGAAUCGGUGGUUAGUUUUCUGUAGAUCCCUGGAUUUUGAUUGCUACCAAUACUCGGAGGGAGCGGUUCUAUCCUUCUUGUGUACAUUGAUGCACGAAAAUCUAUCACACGGCCACAUAUCUAAGAUUUUGGCUGGUGUAUCUUUCUUUUUUAAGUUACAUAACCUACCUUCGCUGAACAUGUUCUUUUCGGUCAAACAAGCCCUGAAGGGUUAUAGGAAAAGCACGUUUGUACAGGAUAAGCGUAGGCCAGUAUCAGUUGAACUGCUCAAAAGAAUUUGCGUGUCCACAAAUUACACUUGUCUGAAUCAAUUUGAGGCUGGUCUGUUCACAGCAGCUUUUUGUAUAGCCUUCUUCGCAGCACUUAGAGUAUCUGAGUUGGUACCAGCGAAUAAAUCUGGAACUUCGGGUCUGUUGUUCCAGGAUGUCAUUGUCUCCAAUGAGGGCAUCGAUUUGUUUAUACGUCAUUCAAAGACGGAUCAGCUGGGAAAGGGGUGCUGUAUACAACUCUACCCCUGUGGGGACCAAAUUAUUUGCCCGGUGUUAGUUUUACAAAGAUACUUGGCCAUCAGGCCCCCUUACACAGGUAAUUUUCUCUGCCACAGUGACGGCUCACCACUGACCAAAUAUCAGUUUAGUUCAGUUUUUAAGAAGUGUUUACGGGCUAUUGGUAUGUCGGAUGCUUUCUUCUCAACCCAUUCUUUCCGCAUCGGCGCUGCAACGGAGGCGGCAAGGUUGGGGCUCGAUGAGGCAAUCAUCCGCAGGUUGGGGAGAUGGGAAUCUGGUAGAUUCAAAUUAUAUGUCCGGCCUAACCUUCUUCCUUGAUUUUCAGGUUUUCACAACACCAUAUGGAUUUUAGGGCACUCGUUUGUUUUCUGGGCACGUAGGAGAGCAUCUCAGCGUUGCUACACGGAGAACUUAACGCUUCCAACUGACGCCUUCUCAGUAUUAUGGCAAGGUAUUCGGGGGUUGCGCUGGUGUCAAGUGUCUUUCCAACUAGCCCAGCUAAGCGCACAAUGGCCCCCUCCCUCUGUUAUCAUUAUACAUGCAGGCGGUAAUGACAUCGGGAAAAUGAAAUCCAUUGAGUUGCUUUUUAAUAUAAAGCGGGAUUUUCAAAGGUUUAAGCUAGCUUUCCCAUCUUGUAAAUUUGUUUUUUCUGAAAUAGUCCCCCGGCUUUCCUGGUCCACUUCCCCCCAGCUUAAGCCGCUUGAGAAGGUAAGAAAGCGGGUGAACAGAUCUAUGGAAAAAUUUAUGCCAUCUAUUGAAGGUUUUUCCUACAGACAUGCUGAUUUGGAAGGGGGUAUCCCAGGGUUUUAUCGAUCAGAUCUUAUCCAUUUAUCCGAAGUUGGUUUGGAUUUAUUUAAUUUGGGACUGCAAACCUGUGUAGAAAUGGCCGUGGCUGUUGGGUAGGCCAGUCCUGUUUGCAACAGGUCUGGCUGGUGGGGGACUUUACAGUUUUUCCAAGUUUAAGCUGCUCGAGUCCUAUGGCUGAGCAGGGAAUGUUUUGGUUUAUUAAAGUUUACUAUUCAAUUCAAUAAUUUGAUUAAAUAAAGAUGGUUAUUCUAUAUAGAUUAAUUUUGUUUAAACCAAUAAAGGUGCCACGGCCAUUAAAAUGCCAAGCAGUUGUUUUGAUUUUUUGUUCACUGGGAGUUUUGGGUUCUGAGGGGGUGGGUGGUGUGGCCUGCGGUCCCAUGAGCUGAGUUGAGGAAAUCUGCAAACAGAACCCUCAUUUUUUCUCCAAAAAGAUGAUUAUCUCUCUGCAACUCUCCAUUGUAGUACAUUGCUGACAUUGGCUUGUUUAUUUUCCUAUAACAUAAACACAUAAAACAUAGCUAGUUUUCGCUGCACAUCCAGAAUACUAUAUAAAAUACUGUUAAAUUGGAAAUAUACAUUCAAGGGCAUGUUCUGCACACAAAGUAGAUUUAUUUCCAUUGUGGC